AUGGUAGGCAAACGAUCCCUCAACCGCGACGACGGCGUCCCCUACUACCGACUGAACCAACAAGCCGGCGUCGCGCCCGACCAGAGCCACCGCCAUGGCGACCUCGAGAACGGCAAACACAACCACACCCCCUACCACUAUAGCCGCCGUAGCAUCGCCCGGAGCCGCCUCCCCCCACGCAUCAUCCGCUUCCAAGACGCCGCCCGCACCGCCCUCGAAGACCUCCACCGCAACCAGCUGAAGAACGCCCUCCUAUCCGGCAUAGACCGCCAGGGCCUCGAGCGCUUCCGCAAACCCGACCACGAGAUCAAGCAGAUCAAGAACAAGAAGCUCCAGGCAUUCUACCGCGACCAGAACGAGAAGCUCAACGACUGGCUCGAGGUGGACGUCGUCGUCAUGGCCGUAGCCGACGACGUCCUCGAGUCUAUGAACCCGGACCCAGACGAGGACGGCGACCAGGAGCGGAGCGGCGGCCUGCAGCACGUGGCCGGGUGCGUGGGCGAGCUGCUCCCCGACGAGGAGAAGGCGAGGCGGCGGAGGGCGGCGAGGAAGGCCAAGUGGGCCAUCAACGUCAACGUGGCCGCCAACGUCCUGCUGCUGGCCGGCAAGGCGUUUGCCGCGUUUACCACGGGGUCGCUUUCUCUGAUGGCUUCGCUCGUCGACUCGGCUCUCGAUCUGUUGUGCACGCUCAUUGUGUGGUCGACGAAUCGGUUGGUGCUUUGGCGGCUUAACGCGCUGCAAAAGCGUUUCCCCGUUGGACGGCGUCGGCUAGAGCCCCUCGGUAUCCUUGUCUUCUCCGUCAUCAUGGUCAUAUCAUUCAUGCAGAUCCUGCGAGAAUCUGUUUCCCGUCUUAUGCCCCCGCAUGGAGAUCCGGAGAUGCUGGGCUAUGCUGCCAUUGCAUCCCUCGUGGCUACAAUCGUACUCAAGGGGAGCAUUGGCCUGGCCUGCCGACCCAUCAAAACGACGCAGGUACAGGCUCUUGUCCAGGAUUGCAAAACAGAUGUCCACUUCAACACCCUUUCGCUCCUGUUUCCUCUGAUCGGAUAUCAUGCCCAUGUGUGGUGGCUUGAUCCGCUCGGCGCCGGCCUCUUAUCCCUGUACAUCAUCUACGACUGGGGCCAUACCUCCUUUGAGAAUGUGACCCGUCUCUCCGGCGAGGCAGCCGACGCCCGAACCCUGCGCAAGCUCACCUACCUCGCAUAUCGUUUCUGCCCCGUUGUCGAGGGGUUCAAGUCAAUAACGGCGUACCACGCUGGUGAUGGCGUUUGGGUAGAGUUCGACAUCCUUCUAGACGAGAACACGAAGCUCUCACGCUCCCAUGACAUUGCAGAGACUCUUCAGUACUGCGCCGAGGGACUUGGAGAAGUUGACAGGGCGUUUGUGACGACUGAUUAUGCUGCCAUUGGACCAAGCGGGCACGCUGUUGACGCUGAGAUGAACCAUUAG